CAUGGUGACCUCUUUAGUUUACGUCUAGGUUCCGUCGUGCGGAAAGCAACAGAUCGUGCACGAAUUUAAUGGUACAAUUGUGAUUGCCGGCAUUGUUGAGAUUGAGCAGUUUUGCCUUUAGAGCAGGCAUUUAUUGCAAGUUGACUUCAAAAUGCCACAGUGGGUUCAGCUUCCUCCGAACCUUGUCCCCGAGAAACACACGAUGGGCAAGUCAAUUUACAUGACGGACUAUUCUAGUAGAAGGCCUGGAUUUCAGCUUCAUCUACAAAAGGCUCGAGGCUUUCAAGGCAGCCGGCAUCAUCCCCCUGUACCGAAGGUUUGGAUGCGCUUUUUCUGACUGUAAAAACCGCAAAACCGACGAAAGCAAAAGAUCGACUUCUACAAGUUCAUGGAACUUCACAUUUUGUCGUCUACUCUUGCGCUGGCAUCUUUGAAUAUUGUUACUAAUAAUCCAUGAAAAAUGUCAUUUAUUAGGUUCCCGACCUCCGCUGCAAAUAUAUUGAUAUAAUCGAGUCUAUCCUUUUUGAUGUUUCAGAAACUGGACAGAAAGACUAUGCGGGCUCUUCAAACAGGAAAUUACCUCGAUUUUAAAGAAGACUUUGAGAGAGCAUUGUCAACCGUUAACACGGAUAAGAGACGCGAUAUAACAACACCUGAUAGCUUGCGACCUAAAGGUAAAUUUGUUAUCGUAAUUGUCGAAAGUUAAGCAUAAGUGUUUAUAUACCUGGUGUAAACUAUUCCACAUUGCAUGAGGCGAAAAGGCUUUAGCCUUUUCUCGAAACUGGUUUGGCAUUUAAUAUUCUCGCAUUACGCAAAUUCUUUAUUUUGCGUUAUUGUUUCAGUAAGCCGUUGAAAGACGGGGUUUAAUAUAAAUUGUAAAUUGCUAUUGUUAACAUUAUGAAACUAAAAAAUUUAAAAAGAUUACUUAAGCCAGACUCAUUUUACUUACUAGCCGAAGCUUGAAUUUCGGCAAUUCGAACAAAAAUUCUCGUAAAAUCGAGUUUUCUUUGGGCUUCUGCUUAAAAGAAAAAUAGAAAUUAAUUCUUUUAGCCACCUGAAAGGUAAGUCUAACAGAGCUGACACUGACUAAAUGUAAAGUGUUAAUUUAUAGUUUAAUCCUCUGAAGCUCGCCUCACUAAAUAAUGAAUUCAGCAGUCACUGUUUGUUGUUUACUAACAGAUUAGAAAAAUAAAAUAAACUUUUUCAUCAAAAGUUUUGGAGUGGAUAACAGCAAUACUUUGACCUUUGGUGCGCCAAUUUUUUUUCUGCGCGAUUCUGGAAUUUUCAGCGAGUAUAGUUAGUAUUUAAAACCUUUUGUAAAGAUGACACCAACAAGUUUUUUUGUAAACAAAUCAGGCAGGGUCUUGUAAUUAUUCUUCAAAAAAAUAUUCAACGUAUUUACCUGCGAAAGACUCAUUCCUCAAAAAAAAAAAGAAAAAAAGGUAAAGGAAAAAAGCAAAAUGAAUGAAGGAGUGUCCUAAGUUUCGAUUUGAAGAACUAAGAUUGGACGAAAUUCUAUAAGCUGAAAACUCAGUGCUAAGCAACUGGAGAACUAAGCCAAUGCAGGAGCCUGGCCAAUGAGCCGGUUGUGAGUGCAUAGACAGCUGAAUAUUGGGACGUGACGCAAUCAAGAGCUUUUUUUAUUUAUUUAUUUAUUUUUUGUCCUAGCCAUUCACGCGGACAAAGCUCUGCUUGAAAAAUUCAUUCAGCCCACAAUGGAGCUUGUAGAGGAGGCCUGGUGCGGAGAGGCAACUACCACCAAACGAAACAGAGGUGGGCAUAGACUUUUUUAGUUCAGGGCCCGGUUCCUGAGAGACCGAUUAGCGCUAAUCCAGGAUUAAAAUUUUUGUUCCGUUUUUGUAUUUUACCUUCCUGUGUAUUGUUUUGAGUAACAUUUUGUGUUAUCAUUACUGUAUCUCGGAGUCAGAAAGGCUAAACAGUAAACUCGAGUUGCAUGUUCUCAGACAAAAAACCUUGCCUAAAAUUUGGCUUAAUCCUGGGUUAAACUUAAUCAUCUUUCGAGGGACUGGGCCUAGGUUAUUUAAUCCGUUACGAUGAUAAGGAAGUGGAGUAACAAAACUUUUUAUAUAAAAAGGGCCGGAGAUGCUCGUCGUCCAGCAGCCUGCGAGCAAUCUCAGCUUAUCUCUCUUGGGCGCUCUGGCCGAGGGGUUUUCCCGCCCCCCGCCAGUGCGCUCCGGAGACCUCGCUCGCAGGCUAGUCGUCCCGCCAUAGCAGGAGUUUAGAUUGCAGCCUGAGAUUACCAUUGCGGUUUUUCAGGACCGGAUCGGAACUCUAAAAUUUUGACCCAUACACCUAUUGCUUGAUUACAGAACGCUCAGAAGAAAAAAAAAAGAACUAGAAUCCAUUCAAUAAAUUCUCUUUCUCGUCUAACUGAAUGGUAUCCUUUAAGAAAUUAGGGUGAAAUAAAGCUUGAACAACACCGGGCCCAGGUUCAUCAUCAAUUUUCAGAACAUCUUCCCCUUCACUUAAGAGUCGCCCCCAACCCCACCCCCAACCCCGGGGACAAAAUGAUCAAAAACUUACAACAAAAGAAUAAAUAAGCUACCUAGUAGAUGGACUGGAUGGAUCACAGGGAUCACUUAGGGUUCCUCAUUGGCAAGCGAAACCCGAGUCAGACCUUUUCCUAUGUGCGACGGUCGUGAUAUAACAUAUUGUGAAAAACAACACGUUUUAUGACAGAUCUCCAGAUUCGUAAGAACACGAUGGCGUGGAAAGGUACCUUCGAAAGAUGCGGAAGGAAAUUAAGAGUACACUUACAACUGUCAAAAGUAUGAGACAAAUCAACGCCCUAAUGCCAUCUCGCCACUAAGCGGGUCAGAGGUCUUAACCAGCGAUCAGGCUAAAGCGCGAAGGUCGGCGGAAGGGAAGGGAAGAAGGACCUUCUGAUCGCAGGUUGCAGAGGCUAUUCUCGAGGCAUGAUCGAGAACGAAAUAAACCCGGCCCUGUACACGCAGGACUUAAGAUUUUCUGACUCCCUGCAAAAUUCCCGAGUUGAAAAAUUGGGCUUGGUAUUUGGAUGAUAUUGCUAUUGCGUGGUAGUGAAAAGAUGCUAGCCUGCGAAAGCAUCCGUUUCUUCCCGCUCUUCGCCGCUGUGGACGUUUCGCGAAACGUCCCCAGCGGCGAAGAGCAAGGAGAAACGGAUGUUUUCGCCGGCUAAAAAGAUUCAUGCUUAGUCUUCUUUGAUAGCGAUACUCAAGGGUCCAGUUUCCGAUAACGCCGUACUUUGUGCACUGCUGAAAUUGAGUCUUGUUCUUUUUGCAGAUCGACUGUUCGGUUUGGCGGGAAAGAAGAUUGACCUGCAUUCUCGACCAGAAAAAACUGAAGUGAGUACAAAUAGAAUGGGAAUUGGUCUGUACGUCCUUGUCUCUUGUUUGGUGAACUGACAAAUAAAACUGAAUUGCGCGACCUUGUUUUAUGAUCUCGUGAUUCCCUGUGGCAUCCCUAGAGAGGUUAAGGAUCACGUUUAUGUCAAACGGCAAACGCGAAUUGUACCACGUGACCAAGUUUCCCCUUUACUUGUCGUUUACUGUUCAUUAUUUCUACACAGAAAUUAGUAGUUUCACUCAAGAUUUUAUCCAUAAGAAUUGUUUGGAGCUGUUUUUAUCUGCUCGUUUUAUAUUUUGAGAAAUUCUCAACAUGAAUCCGACGUUUGCCGUAUACGUGAAGCUUAAUCCCUCUACUGUGAACAGCUGUGUAAGGCAAGGAAUAAAACUGAAAAAUUCUCAUUUCAUGGGGGCGUAGUGUUCAAAGAAUUCACAUCAGCCAAUGAAAUGACUAUCAAAACAACAAACAUGUAUGCCGUCAACGGUUUAAACCGAGUAAUGUGAAAACUACCUUGAACGAAGAGGACGGAAUUGAGGUCUAUUGCUUUUUUGUUUUAAUUUUUCCCCUCAAUCUUCGUUCUUUGUUGCUCAUAAUUCAAUGACUAAAAAACGCGUGGAUCGAGUUGUCAGCGGGUACGUUCUAACCUCAGUAUGACAACCAAACCCAAGCCUAUUAACAGAUUUUUGUUUUAAGAGGCCAUAUUUUUAGAUAAGAGUGCAAACUUUGCUUGAAUAAGAAAUAUGUUAUGUUAUACGAUAUUGUUAUAUUUGACAUUAGAGUGCGCAUUUUCUUUAGGGGAAGAAGAUUUCUCCCGCUUUGCCUGGUGUUAAUAAGUGGCUUAAGUCUUCAAAUGAAUACGGUGAGUUUUUAAAAAAUAUUGAACCCAUGCAAGGCCAGUAUCGACAAGCUCAUUUUCCAUCUUGACCAAUGAAUGUGCCACCUACAGGAGUAUAGUAAUUGCGUUUAGUUUGUGUCUUGUUUUCUCAGUUGCUCAUACGCUACCCUGGCUCCAGAGGUCCGUUCUAGAAAUAUCUAGGAUGAAAUAAAUCGUGUCCAGUGUUCGAUGGUCAAAUGAAAACCUUUGCCCCCAGAAACCACAUGUUAACGCUAUCCAUCGGAUAAAUCAUUGUCCUGCGAAUCAGUGUUGGGGAAAAUAUUUGAGUUAUCCACUGUAAGCCCAGAGUUGCAAUGCGCGACCAGUAUUUGAAAUUAUUAUACAUUGUACUCACUAUCUGUCUUCUCAUUGGCUAAGAGCCUACAAUUAAUUUUGAAAAUCAGCGCAACCUACAGAUUAGUUAGUUAUCUGCUAUCGGAUUACUGACUCAUCUGUAGUUUGCGAGCGCAAUGCAUGAUUUUCAAGAGCAAUGUCAGACUGUCACCCAUGCGAUGCUGGGUUUGUCCUUAUUUUCUUCAAAACAAUGUAUAAUAAAACAAUUAUUAGAUUUGGCUCGGCUGAUAACACUUACCUCGACCUUGCUUAUUCCGAAUAUCACGGCAAAAAUUUAAUCCAAUGAUUGGUAAGUGUCACUCCACUAGCGAGUGGCCUGGUAACCAGUGUGCACAGCGAUGUAGCGCACGCGACCCAGUUUUUGCUGCCUUACUGCGGUUACGCCCCUUUUCUACUAGGCAGUCUUUUCCAGGACCACGCUACGCCCCGCAUUCCAUACAGGUAAUUUCGUCUUGGACUAUAUAACUGACUGGACACUGUAGUCAACUUACUCGCGUUCGACUAACUAAUUCACAAACACAUUCUUUUUGCAGAAAAAGCUGUGGUAUACAACUUUAUGGAUACAUUGUCUAAGGCAAACUCAAAGCCUGUCCCUACAAGACCUGUUACACCCAAACCAGAAGAGAAAAGACCGCCUCGGCCACAAUUCUCUAAAGAACUUUACUUCCAACAAAGAGCAAAGAGUGCUCGCUCACAAAGAGUAACCGAACGUCCAUCGCUACCUCCGCGUCCUAAAUCUGUUGGAUCCAUUAGGUAACGAAAAUAUUCAUCAAGAUUAAGAUAAAUGUCAAAGCCGGGUGUGCUUCCAUUAAAGACAGCAAGCAGCCUCUUUAAAUUUAAUGGGGCCAAAAAAGCGGUGGCGGAGCAGCUAGCAUGGAGGCCGCGAGUAACAAGGGCGAAUGCAGGUGCUCGAGAAAGGGCACCUUGUGUCAGCAACAAAACAAGCAAAAAUUCAGGUUGUGAAAAUUUCUAAGUAGAAAGAACAAUAGGUGGGGAGAAUGUCUUGACAUGAGUUGCGAGUACGCUUGGUUCUACAUUCGACAGACUUUUUUCUCUCAUUUGUGCAUGCUUCGUAAGAUGUUCCUAUUUAGUGAAACUUUUGAGUUGCUGUUAAGGUGGAAUUCUACUGUCGCGUAAUUUUCACGCGCGUGCGCAAGUAAAUCUGAAGCGCGUAAAUAAAAUUGAGGCAAUGUAUGGAUACGUUUACGCGCAGCCUUUCAAACAAGGCCCCUAUAUUAUUUACGAACGUGAGAAUUACGCAACGGUAGAAAUCUAUCCCUGAGACUCACCUUUUAGGGUGGAGAGAGAUGACACGACAAAUAUUAGGGACUUUAAGAUACCACGACGGCGAUGACAAUGAUAACGUCAAAAAAGCAAUAGGUUGAAUAGGCAAAACAACAACUUUGCACGUGCAUCACGCUUUUUUUCCAUUUCUUCGCCUUUUCCUGCACCACUACGAAGGGAAAAUGCUUAAUUUCACGUUUCAGUUAUGGAGGACUUAAACAAGCGACGGCUACUGAAUUUCCUCUCUCCUUCUGAACGUGAAUAUGGUUCUUAGGAAUUUGGCUCAAAAAGAGUUCUCCUGCAUUUGAGGAAGUUAAUGAGUUGGAGUAAUCGGUAUAGAGAUUGAAAGAACGCAAAUUCACUUUUUAAGCGACGUUUUCGUGGCCGUCGCCGUCUGUUACAAGGAUCUUGCUUCCGACCCCUCAGGUUAUUGUCUUGGGUGUAUACAUGAAUUUAGGAAACUAUUCUACAAAUGCAUAGCCAUAUUUAGCUCAGUGUCAGAAACACUUUGGUCUUUUUUGCCUUUCUUUCUUACGUUUUCAUCCUUUUUGUGGGCAAAUUUCAGAGAAGAAGAUAAGGCGUUGGACGAAACAGAAAAUCAUUUCACAGAGCAUGCGCGCCACCAGCACCAUCAUCACCUUAAUCACACCGACGGCAAAUGUGAAUUCUGCGAUUAUAUCAGAGUGAAGAGGCUACUGGAACACCUUAACAAGUAAGUGUUUCAAAUUUUACAGUGGCUCAUAAGGAUAUUUUGCUUGAAGCUCCUACAACGGAAGCGCUGAGACUUCAUUAUCACUAUAGCUAGUAUUUCUUUGGAAGAUUAAUAGCAAUUAUUCCUAGAGCCCAAAUGGGCUCCGAGUCAAUAGCCCAUGAGGCCGAAGGCCGAAUGGGUUAUUGACUCAGAGGCCAUGAGGGCGAGAGGAAUAAUUGUUUUAGUACUAGCUAGUACUGAUCCAACUAGUUGGUCAAAAAUAUCGAGAAUAAAAAAAAUUUAGCCUGUUAAAGCUAGACUCUAAUCCCUUUUUGCCACCAAAAAGCCCGCGCUUUUCGCUAUUACUGAGUGGGCUAUAACAUAUAACCUAGUAGUAGCUCAAUCAAUUGGAACGCAGCAUUGACAAUAGACCACUAGUUGGAUUUUACUAAAAAAAAAGGUUAGCCCUCUUUUACUACAGAUAACCCCUACCGUUGUUACGGAAACCACAAAAUGAGGAGUCUAUUUUUACAAAAGUGCUAAGUUCUUCUGAAAAAAAUGGAAUCUCGUGUAUUAUAACCUUUACAUAUUUCUAAAUUCUCCUUUUUAGAUAUGGAUCACAUGGCUUAGGUGAAGCUACACUCAGCCAUUUGCUGAAGCCCCGAGUGGAUCCUUCAUAUAAUCCAUCAUACGAGGAUUAUGAUUACGUACAUGACAACUCAUUCUUCACAAAUACUAACACACGAGAUCGAGGUUAUUUUAUCAUAGCCCCUGAUUGGGUAUCUGAAAGAAAAGGUAUCCUUUCCACUCAUUACCAGUGAGUGAACGAAAGAUCAUCAAGCAGUUGACAUUUUCAGUGAUUUAUUUUACUCAAAAGGCCUAUGUCAGGCUAUUUACUAUCUUUUCAAAAAGCUAAAACCUUUUUCGCAUAAACUGUGUUCUUAAAAUGAUAGUCCAGUUUUGUUAGUUAAAGACUACAUUUAGGCAGUGCAACUGUUUCCUGCCGUCUGUUGUAACGGAUGGCAAAGAUAGACAUGGAUUGAAACUUGAAAAGGGCGGUUGGGCCAACCUUAAGUCAAGUUUUAAGGCUAUGCCAGCAAAAUUCAUCAAAACAUCUGGGCCGGGUUCCUGAAAGGCCGAUUAGCGCUAAUCCAGGAUUAAAAUGUUGUUCCCUUUUUGUAUUUCACCUUCCUCCAUAAUACUUAGAGUAAAGCUUUGUGUUAUCAUUACUGUAUUUCGGAGUGAAGGCUAAACAGUAUUUUUGAGCUCGAGUUGGAUGUUUUUAGACAAGAAAACCUUGCCUAAAUUUUAGCUUAAUCCUGAUAUAAAGUUAACCGUCUUUCGAGGAACCGGGCCCUGAUCAUAAUUAUUGUUUGUUUGAUAUCUUCUUCGUAACUGAACAGGAGCAUUCUGUGUAUCGUAAAAGCACUGAGUAAUGACUUCAGCACAAAAUUGAUCAAAAAAGGCAAUAUCUUCAAUAUAUUUUAACAGGUCUAUGAAAACUUCGACUCAAACGAAUGUAGCCGUUACAAAAAACAUCGUGCUGCUUAUCAAGAAUGAAGUCAAGUCCUUUUGUGUUUGUAAUCGCAUACUAACUUUCGCUUUCACGGCCUCUUUCCUCGCGUACAUCCUUUUGCCCUCGUUAACACUUUGCUUGAGAGGAUAAUUUCUAAAAAAAAAAAUCGCAUCUUUCUCGUGUUAACAACCCUAAACGUUUAAGUUUGUUUGCGUUUACAACCUUCACCGGACUCGUGUGAACAACAUAGCGGUCAGUCUUAGCUUCUGGCUUUUCAGGCGUGAAAAUGAAAGAGAAAUGGUGGAUUCAACGGUAAUGAACCAGUAUUUUGUGAACUCUUUCUUCGCCCCACUAAGCAGAUAGAUUUCUGGAUAUUUCUUCUAGUUAAAAUAGGUAACAAUGACUUCCGCAAAACCAAGAAAGAUCCAGCUGUUAAUUGUCGCAAACUCUUCUGCUUUUAAUGAGUGUUGUUCGUAAAAACCAAAUGAAGUUUUAUUAAUUCCUUCAGGCAUUUUUUACUUUUUUCGCAAGUUGCUUUUUAUUGUCCAAACAAACAGAGAAACAAGUUCAAUAUAAUUAAUAUAUUUCCAACCCCUCACGAUUUGUUCGAGCAACAUCUUGAAAUCGUCACAAAAACGACUUUAUUAAAUAACAUAGGGCUAUUUAUUUGAACAAUAGAUGUAUUUUUCUGAAGUGUAAAUAGUUCACUAUAGAGG